AUGCGCGGCGGCGGGGCCCGGCCCGCAGUGGCGGCGGAGAAAGGGUUCGCCGUCCGCAGUUGCCAAGCUCGGCUGCGGCGGCCAGAUGGUGUAACCGGGUCUGCAGGCGGGUGGCGGGCUGCCGGCGGGGCGAGGCGGCCAAGGGCCGACGCUGCCUGACGGGCUUGGGCGCAGCGACAGCACGCUGAGGGGGCGUCGCCGCCGCGGGAGGCCGCGCCCGCCAUGGCGGCCCGGGCAGUGCUGGAUGAGUUCACGGCGCCGGCCGAGAAGGCGGCGCUGCUGGAACUGAGCCGCAGCCGCAUCGAGGGCCUGUUCGGCGUGAACCUGGCGGUGCUUGGCGCGCUCGGCGCGGAAGAACCGCUGCCCGCGCGCAUCUGGUUGCAGCUCCACGGGGCGCAGGAGGCGGUGCACAGCGCCAAGGAAUACAUUAAAGGAAUCUGUGAACCUGAACUAGAAGAAAGAGAACGUUACCCCAAGGCCAUGCACUGCGUUUUUGUUGGAGCACAGAGCCUGUUUCUAAAGAGCUUGAUUCAGGAUACCUGUGCUGACCUCUGCAUUUUGGACAUUGGUCUUCUUGGCAUUAGAGGGAGUGCUGAGGCUGUGGUCAUGGCUAGGAGUCACAUUCAGCAGUUUGUGAAGCUUUUUGAGAAUAAUGAGAACCUACCCAGCAGUCAAAAAGAAUCAGAGGUAAAAAGGGAAUUUAAACAAUUUGUUGAAGCCCAUGCAGACAAUUAUACAAUGGACUUGUUGAUUUUGCCCACGUCCUUGAAAAAAGAACUUUUGACACUCACUCAGGGUGAGGAAAAUCUGUUUGAAACAGAAGAUGAUGAUGUUAUUGAAAUUAGAGAUUCUAAACAAACAGAGUUUACACAGGAUGCUGCCACAGGACUGAAUAUUUCCAGAAAUGAACUUGUUUUGCAGGAAGAUGCAAGAAAUAAAGCAGGGACUCCUGUUUCUGAGCUUACAAAACAAAUGGAUACAAUCUUUUCUAGUUCCCCAGAUGUACUUUUUGUUCCAAUAAAUGGCUUAACCCCAAAUGAAGAGGCUCUUUCCAAAGAGAGAGUUUGUAACAAAAGGAGAUUUUCUGAUUCUGAAGAAAGACAUACCAAGAAGCAGUUUUCCUUGGAAAAGGUUCAAGAGGGGGAGCUUUUACGUGAUGGUAAGACAUCAGCUGGAAAUGCAAUCAUUGACCUAUCUGAUUCUUCUACUGAUUCUGAAAAUUUAAGUCCAGAUAUAAAAGACGCUACUGAGGAAAUGGAAUACAACAUCCUCGUAAACUUUUUUAAAACAAUGGGCUAUUCCCAAGAAAUUGUUGAAAAGGUCAUUACGGAGUUUGGGCCCUCAACUGAGCCAUUGUUGCUCUUAGAGGAAAUUGAAAAAGAAAAUAAAAGGUUUCAAGAAGACAGAGAAUUUUCACCUGGUACCAUGUAUCUAGAGACCAACAAAACCAAAAAUAAAGGCAUUUGUAGCAGCAUAAAGGAUCUUAAAAUGGAUUCCACUCCAAAGAAAACACAAACUCACUCACAGCAAAAUAUGGUAGAAAAAUGUUCUCAGUUACCAUUCAGAGUAGAAUCAAAACCGUGUACCUCAAAUUGCAAAACUAAUACCUUCAAAACAGUGCAAAUAGAACAGAAAAAAGAUAUCUGGAGUUCAAACCAGAACUACAUUUGUAACAUAGACCUUGAAACUGAUGGCAGUUCACCCUCUGUUGCUCCUUCAAGCCCCAAAGAAGUUGUCAAUUUUGUUUCAAGGGGAGCUGCAAGACCCCAGGCCAGAAUUCCAGGUUUUCCUGAAAAUGGUUUCCAGCAGCAAGCAGAACCCUUGCUUCCAAGUAAUAUGAAGUCUGCCUGUGAAAGCCAUUCAGGCUGUUGUAGCUCUCCUCACUCUAAGUCAAAUUGUCCACCCCUUUCUCCACCGAUGCUGCCAUCCCAGUUGCUGCCUUCAAUUACUGAUGCAAGGUUGGCAGGACCGUCUGAUCAUAUUGAUUCCUCAGUUACAGGGGUUCAAAGAUUUCGAGAUACUCUAAAAGUACCCUACAAGCUGGAAUUAAAAAAUGAACCAGGGAGAACAGAUUUGAAGCACAUUGUUAUUGAUGGGAGCAAUGUUGCAAUUACCCAUGGUCUGAAAAAGUUCUUUUCUUGUCGUGGAAUUGCAAUUGCAGUUGAAUAUUUUUGGAAACUUGGCAACAGAAACAUCACUGUAUUUGUCCCACAGUGGAGAACAAGGCGUGAUCCUAAUGUCACAGAACAGCACUUCUUAACCCAGCUCCAGGAGCUCGGAAUAUUAUCUUUAACUCCUGCACGGAUGGUCUUUGGAGAAAGAAUUGCUUCUCAUGAUGACAGGUUUCUGCUACACUUAGCGGACAAAACUGGUGGCAUAAUUGUAACAAAUGAUAACUUCAGAGAAUUUGUGACUGAGUCAGUCUCUUGGAGAGAAAUUAUUACGAAAAGAUUGCUUCAGUAUACAUUUGUGGGGGACAUAUUUAUGGUUCCUGAUGAUCCUCUGGGAAGAAGUGGACCUCGAUUAGAAGAAUUUCUUAAGAAGGAAGUCUUCCUUAGAGAUAUGCAGCCCCUACUCAAUGCCCUGCCAAAUGUGGGUGUGUUUGACCCCAGCUUCAGAGUCCCUGGCGCCCAGGCAGCCAGCACCAGCCACCAGCCUCUGGCCCGGAUUCAAGGGGCCCCUCCAAGCCACUGGCUGCCUCAGCAGCCCCACUUCCCACUCCUGCCCAGCCUUCCCAAUAUCCAACAGAAUCUGCCCAUACCAGCGCAGAGAUCUUCUGCAGAAACCAGUGAGCUGAGAGAAGCCCUUCUGAAGAUCUUCCCUGACUCAGAGCAAAGACUGAAGAUUGACCAGAUCUUGGUGGCACACCCCUUCAUGAAGGACCUGAAUGCACUCUCUGCCAUGGUGUUGGACUGAAGGUCACGUCGAGGAGCUGCAGCUCAGGGCUGACCGUCCACAUGAGCUAGCAUCUGUCCACAGUGGAAAGUGGCGUAAUGUGAAGAAACUGAUUUUCCAGUGUAAACGUUGUCAUAUUGUAUAGGAGAAAAAAAAAAAGAUGUUUUGUGUAUUAAAAAACCUGGGUUUUCAAAACCAGCUUUUUUCUAUAUAUAAAUUAUGCUGCUAUUACAGAUUUAACAUUUUCUGUAAAAGGGAAGUCCACAUUUUCUGCCUGUUCAGAACUGUUUAAUAGCAGUUACUCUUGAGUGUAUUUACAUUUUUAUGUUUUUUAAACUAUUUUCCUUAAAACUGAAAAUAUUGACAUGAAUACGAUUAGCCUUUCUAAAUAAAAAAAAAAAGAGCUGCUCUCUUAAGGAAAGCAAGACUUCUUAAAGUAUAUUUUCUUGAGAUGAAUAUGUUACAUCCACUAACAUGAAGUGUACUCCCCUUUCCCCACCUCCCUUGCCCUCUCCCCUGAAAUCAAGUUGGGAGGAGUUGGUUUUGCUCCUUUGGGGGACUGGGAAACUUUGACUGGGAAACCAUUUGUGAGUGGACAGGUGGUGCCACUAGAUGGCACCUUGUGCCUAUUUGUUCUUAAUGACCAGGGCAAAGUUUGACUCACAGAAUAUCAGGGCUGGAAGAAAUUUUCAAGCUUAUAUAAUCCAACCCUUCUUCCCCUCCCGCUCCACAGAAGAGGAAACCGAGGCCCAAGUGCUUGCUGGCCGUGCCCAAGGCCCACAGCUUGGGGGUGGCCAGCAGGAACUGGACCCCACGUCUGGUGUUCCAACCCACUCACCAGGUGGAGGCCCCUCUCCACCUGCCCUGCCUCUGCAGACAGUGGUGGUCAUGGGGAGGUUCAAGGAAAGGCUCCAUUACUGUGGCCUUCUGUGUCCACAGCCAGGAGAGGCAUCCUGUGUAGAGUUUGUGCAGUGUUGCCAAAACAUGGCUUUCUGUUCCCAAAAAUGACCCAAGCCAAUUAAUAGCAUUAGUGGCUCCUGUGGGGACUCCAGAGCCCUGUGUUUAUUUUUCCUGGGUUUGCCUCUUUAGAAUCCUUCCUCCUAAGCAGCCUUUCCUGUGAGUCUUUCUCAGAAUUGAUAUCUUGUUGGCUCUGUAUUUUCAGUGUUGCCCAAAUGCUGUGCCAGUGAAGUUCUUUUCCUGGGUAAUUAUUAACAUCUUUACUGUUAUCUAAACCUUCAAAGGGCUUUGUACUUUAUAUCUGUCUCUUCCCAGCUGUACACGGUCAGUUCAUAUCUGCCCUGUGGAUUGUGUCUUCUCCAGCCCCCGGACACAGCAGCUGGGGACUCACUGUUGCAAGUGCCCUUUGUUCUGCGUAGUAAGGGGACUUGAGCAGCCACUAGCAGAGCUGGGGCUGGCCCAGGCUGUUCCCAACAGGAUGUUUCCUCAUAGCCUCGUUUGAUCUCUGCAUCCCUCGGCAGUUUGCAGGUGGUGAUGAAUCCAGAGCCCUCCAGGUGGCCGGACUCCUACCUCAAUCAGGUUUUCUCUUAGAUGCCUUGAAGGUCCAUCCGAGUGUGGAACUAGCUGUCAGCUGUCACUCUGGGGCAGGUAGUCUGAGUCACCCAGCUGUGGAAGUAAGUAGAGGUGGAAGACUUGAGGCCAGUCAGGAAGAUGACUUCAGUCACAGCAACCUGUGCCUUGGCUUCAGAACUGGUUGUUCUAAAAACCUCAGUGAAGUAUCAGGGCUUGGGCUGUUUCUGUGACCUUCUGUUUGAAAGUUCAGUCCAGCAGCCUUGCCAAUGCAGUAUUUCUCCUCUGUUUCAGAGAAGGGACACAGGAAAAUAGCCAUCAUGGCCAGAAGCUUAGCUGCACGUCUGCCUGUAAGGUUGCUGAGCUUCCACUAAUGCCAGUGGAGCUGGCUAGGCCCAGGAGUCCAAAGUUUUCCAGGGUCUAAAAGUGACUUGACCCUUGACCUUUGACUUCUGUACCCUUUGUGUUCUCAGUAUUGUUUCUGAGAGAUCUAUCUGUUCCCUCUUUGCUUUUGAUUGUGGGAAGGAAGGAUGCAGGAGAGUAGGUGGGAGUAGUACAGGAAAAUAUUAAUUUUUUACCUUUGUAAAGCAUGAAACAUAAUUCACAGUCCUUUUUGAGAUCUGUCAAAUUUAGUUCAAUGUAAUGUUUCAAAAUCCCAUUAUGAAACCAUUUUUAAAAAAAGUCAGUAUCUGCUCCCAGCUUCCUCGUAAUGCGGGGCUGAGUGUUGGUACCAACGAUGGUGUAGCUCCUGUGGGAGGCAUCUAAACUGUGCUGCCCCAUCCUGUAAGGAGCUCCUCCAGGCGUUCUCGCACGGUGGCUCUGCGACCUGGAUUCCAUGUCGUCCUUGUGAAGUAGGCAGCAGGGCAGAAGAUGCCACUCAUUCAGUAGAUGAGGUAUCUGGUGCUCUGAGAGGUUGUCCAAGUUCAGAGAAUAAGUAGCGGGGGGAGCCGAAUGAUUCCCAGGCCUGUCUUCUUCCCUGGGCCCUAGGCUGCAUCCUGUAGGAGGAAAAGGGGACUAGUCUGGCCUGUCAGGUAGCCUCUGCCUGAGACCCCUGCUAGCUGCCAGUUAGGAGGAGGAAGGAGGUGUCUCAGCCUACCUGGAUGUGGUCUGUGUGGUCGGGCAGGCUGGGCUGUGGCCCGUUCACGUCACCAGGUACUCAGGCUUGUUGUGACUUUGGUGUCGGGGAGAGGAGGGAGGGAGUCCUGCUUACGGUGGCUUGUGGUGGCACUUGCGGAACUUGAAGUGGGGGCGCCCGUGCUCUCCAGGACUCCCGGGGCACCCCUUCCCCGCUCAGUGGGAGGUAGCUCUGGGCCUUCAGGGCACCUUCCGCACCUCGCAUCCCAGCCAGCCUCUCCGUACCUCUCUUGGGGUUCCCUUCUCCCUUCUCCCUCGCCACCCACAUCCCUUGUUCUCACCCAUUCUUUCCUUCUGUGUCCCUGAGCCUGUCCCCUCCCCUCUCCUCGCCACAAACAGCUGCCAAUGGCCCACCCCCCUUUCUUCAUGAUCUUUCUCCCCUUUACUCUUCCCCACAUACUUUGGAUCCUUUAAGUUACAAUAAAGUAAAUGGCAGGAUUCCCCCUAAGAAUCAUCUCUCUUCAUUGCUGACACUCGCCCUCCCCUUCCACCCUUCACUUCCCAGUCUGCAAAGUUGGCUCCCACCAUGUGGAUGUAGCCUAGGAAAAGUUGCCAGCGAUCUGACUGGCAGAUUCAGAGGCUCCUUCUCAGUCCUUCAUCUCAGUGAGCACAGCAUUUAACCACUGACCUUACUAGCCCUGUUUUCUGAGAUUUCCCUCACUCUUAGAUGGUCUUCAUGCCUUUCCUUCUUUGUUUUGUCUAAAAGCCAGUCCUUGACACCCUUUUCUUUCCCAACAGGGAGUCCUCGAACUUUAGACCACCUGCGGUACUCCUGGGGAGGGAAGGGUGGCUCUUGUUCAAAAUGCAGAUUUCCUGGGCCCCUCCUUGGAGAUGCUUAACAUGUUUAUUCAGUCACUCUGGAGUACAUCGUGGGACUCUAGCUUCAGCAGGUUCCCUUAGUGAGGCCAUGCAGAUGGCCCCUGGACUGCGUUCGGAGAAAUUUCAUUGUCCCUUACAGAUCACACCACCCUUCCCUGACUCCAACCUGUGCCCUCUUCCUAAUGACUCUAGGCCCAUUUCUAGCCAUCCGGGAGUGCUUCUCCAGCUCGACCUAGAAGCCCCGUGAAGUCUUCACAUUUGCUCCCCAGACCCUCAGCCUGCAUCUUCUACCCCCCUUUCCUUCCCAGCCCUCCCCCCGCCUCCAGUGGAGCCCACUGUCCUCCUCUCCAUGCCAUUACCCCCAGCCAUGCUUUCACAGCCCAUCUCUCAGCUCUCCCCUUUCCUAGAUUCCACAGUGCUGCUAGAUUUAUCUCCAGACACACCUGUCUGGUCACCACUCUCCUGUUCAGUGAUCUUCAGUGACUCGCUAGGCCAGAGCAUCAGGGCCAGUCUCCCGAGCUUCGUACUGGUGACCGUCUGCCUCCUGGCCCAUGCUUGAGCACCCACUUCGCAGAGCCCUUUCCUAAUGCUGCUCUGUAGCCACAGAUUUCCCCACAAAUACCAGUGGGUGCCUGCCCACAUAUGUGCCGCCUCUCUGCUAGAAUUGCCCUUCUCCCAGAUGGCUCCCCCAUCAAAGGCCAGCCCUGAGACUUCUUUGUAUCCUUGUCCCAGGCUUCUGACCGGAAGCAAUUCCAUGGUGUUCUGUGACCCCACAGCACUUACUUUUGUAUCUUGCUUUCAGCACUCGCCACUCGGGCUGGUGUCGCUGCAGCUGGCUGUGUACUGUGUCUUACCUCCCUUCCUAGACUGUGAGCUCCUCGCGGGCAGAGACGCUCUGUGUUCUCUCUCUGUGUUUCCCUUGCACCUAGCACAGUGCCUUGCACUUACAGGUGCUCAAUAAACGUCUGUUGAUCCAACUGGAA